GCUCAUGUAGUGCGCAUGCGUUCCCUAUAUAAAAAAGUCAUGACCGGAUGAAGUGAUGCCAAUAAUGCGUCAAUAUGAUUGGCUCACGUAGUGCGCAUGCGUCAAAAGUAUCGUUAGAAUUUUUUGAUUUGUUUUUGAUUUCUAAAAUUGAUGUAAUAUAAUACUAUAAUACAUAUCAAAUUAUAAUUUGUGUAUUUGUAAUAUUCUAGAGACAUUCUACUCUCGAGACAUAACCUUAAAAUUUUAAAAGGAAGUUGGCGACGAAACCGCGGCAAUUUUGAAAUUUAUAUGAGCGCGAAAUGAAUCAUAUAUUGUAAAGUUUGAUAUAUUUCCGUGAUAGAAAACAAAUAUUAAAAAUAUCAAUCAAGUAUUUAUAUUCCAUUUAAUAAGUUAAUGAAAUUAUAGUCUACUACAGUGCGCGCAGCGCACUGCGCCAAGUCUAGUCCCGAAUAAAUUUCAUAAAUGCAUAUUUAUGUGUUACAUGAAUUGCGUUCUUUCAAGGAACAGCCAGAAGCUGGUUCAUCCGAACGUGAAAAAAAGACAGCCAAACUUACUGUACCUGCUGACAUAGUCUACAAAGAAGUAGAUCAGAUUCCAAAGCGUAAGGACCCUACGAAGGCUGGCACCACGGGACAUCCCAUUACUGUAAAAACAAAUAUGAUGGCGAUUAAUGUCAAACAGAUGAAUCCCAAUGUUGUGCAUUAUGACGUGAAAAUUGUGCCAGAUACUCCAAAAUACUUGAUGAGACCGGUGUUCCUUGAAGUCAAAAAGACUUUGUUUCCAGAAAGAAAUCCAGCAUUUGACGGAAGGAAGAAUGCAUUUAGUGCUGGAGAGUUGCCUAUUGAAGAUCCGUCCACUGCUGAAGUAGUGGUUUACAACGAAGAUGGACAAGAGAAAAAGUAUAAGGUCACUAUCAAAAUAGUUAACAGAAUUGAUUUGUCUUGGUUGAAAGCGUUUGAACCCGGCACCCAAGAUUUGCCGAGAAAUCAACAAAUCAGUAUACAAGCUCUGGAUGUUAUACUAAGAAAUGCACCGGCGGCUUUGAUGUCAUGUGUACCUAUAAGGAGUUCGUUUUUCACACCACCAAAAGGUCAAGUGAUGUCUCUAGGCGGUGGUAUGGAUUUAUGGGUGGGGUUGUUUCAAUCGGCUGUUUUAGGCUGGAAGCCCUACUUCAACGUUGACGUUGUACAUAAAGGCUUCCCGAAACCGCAGAGUGUAUUAGAUUUGAUGAAAAUCAUGUGUGGCUGUGAUGGUGAAGAUCGAGGCGGCCGGUCACAAUAUGAUAGGCAACGAGGAUAUGGACCUAAGAUUUUGAGCGCAGAUUUAAUAAACCGUCGCAGAGAAGAGAUUAGCAAAUUUUUAAAGGGCUUAAAAGUAGCAAUAGAGAUUCCAGGGCAGCCCACGUCCAGACGAACACAACGCGUCAACGACUUGGUUAUAUGUCCGAGAGAAAAUGUUUUUGAACGUGAUGGUCAGAGAAUCACUGUUGAACGGUACUAUAAACUCGAGAGAAAGUAUACUAUAAAACACCCGGACUUCCCUUGUCUCUGGGUCGGCGGCAGAGAUAAAAAUAUUCAUGUUCCACCAGAAUAUAAACAUACAUUUGCAAGGACCAAAUUUUUAUAUAUAUUUUUUGAAACUGAUGAAGAUCCGUGCAUGAAAGAAUUUGGAAUCUCUGUGAGUGGAGAAUUCGAGACGGUUCCAGCGCGUGUUUUGGAUCCGCCACAACUAAGGUAUCAACGCCAAAAUGUGCGUGUCGAACAAGGAAAGUGGAGAGCAAGCCAAUUCAUAAAUCCAAGUCAAUUAAUUAAGGGCGACAAUACGUGGACUAUUUUAAAUUUGAGUUCUGAGCCUAAUAUCUAUAAAGAGCUUGUUAGACUUGCUGAAGCAUUAAUACGAUCAGCUAGCAGUUUGGGUAUGACAGUUGGACGUCCGUUAACUCCAUUCAAAGAGGUGCAUAAGUCAAUAGGAAAAGAUAUGCGAGAAUUGAUAGAAGAAUUGAAUGAGAUGAAAAAGAAGCAAAUAAGACUGGUUAUCGUAGUGGUUCCUGAGAAGAAAGGCAUUUAUAGCAAAGUAAAGCAAGUUAGCGAACUUCAGAUCGGAAUUUUAACACAAUGCUUGACAAGUGAAACUCUUCGCGAUAGACUUAACAAGACAACUGUCGAUAAUAUUAUGUUGAAAAUCAAUGCUAAAUUAAAUGGCACUAAUCACAUUAUCGAACAAAAAAUGAGCCUACCAGCUUGUCUAAAAAGUCCAUGCAUGAUUGUGGGUGCAGAUGUCGCUCAUCCCUCACCUGAUUCCAAGGGUAUUCCAUCGAUCGCCGCAGUUGUCGCCAGUCAUGAUUCGAAUGCGUUCAAUUAUAACGUUCAGAUAAUAUUGCAACUGCCAACACAGGAACAUAUAGGAGAACUCGCGGAGAUCAUAAAAAUACAAUUGAACCUUUUUUAUGAGCAAACUCGUCGGUACCCCCAGAAAAAAUACGAUGUUGUUUCGGAGAGUGAGUUUGGCCAAAUUAUGCACGUAGAAUUAGGAGCCAUACGAAAAGCAUGCCAAUCGAUGCGAGCAGAUGGCUUGUACAAGCCAAAAAUAACAUUCUUGGUUGUUCAAAAAAGACAUCACACUCGAUUUUUCCCAACUGAUCUGAGAAAUUCCGAUGACAAACACGGAAAUAUUGUCCAAGCUGGUACUAUCGUAGACACGGAGAUAACUCAUCCGACACACAUCCAUUUUUACUUGGUUUCUCAUGCUAGUAUUCAAGGAACCGCAAGACCAACCAAGUACAGAUGCUUCGCAACGAGUCUGAUAUGCCACAUGUUCUCGCGUUGCACGAGAUCGGUGAGCUAUCCGACACCGACGUACUACGCGCAUCUUGCUGCCUUCAGGGCUAGAGUCCUUAUCCAGGAUGUUGACAUCGACGUGGAUAAUUUGGUAGAAGAACAACGGAAAAAGUUGACUAUUAAGGAAGAGAUUCUGAAAAAAAACCCUAUGUUCUUUGUAUGAAUUAUUUAUACUCAAAGUAUUUUUAUAUGUUUUCUAGUCUGAAACUUGUUGCAUAAUUUUUAGUUGGUUGUAAUAAAUAAUCUAUGUGCAAAAUCAAACGAAAAAUUUUUAAAAUCAUAGUAAAAUAAUAAUGGUUUAUAUAAGUGCCUAAAAAUUCGAAUCGAUAUAAAACUAGCAAUUUAUUAUAUCUAGCGGCAGUACCUUUUACGCUUAUACAGUUAUACAAACAUAAAAAAUAUUGAUGUAUUGAUUGUAUCUGAUUUUCCUCAAUUGUACUUCUUGAGAAUUGUAAGAGUAUUAAAUUAUAAAAAAACCUAAGCUAUAUCGCAAUUUUAGCUUCACUCAAUCUCCUGUUCAUUAGCUAAAUUAGUCUUAGUGUCUACAGACAUUAUAUUUUGAGCACGUCGCUCCGGCUGUGGCUAAGUAAAAACUCUGCGUUCAAGUUUUUCGUCUCUACUACACUCCGUUUAAGACUUACUGCUUCGACGUUCUCUUCGCUGAAUCGGUUUCCCCCUCCCUCGACCGUUGAAGGUCCAGACGGUCUCGGCAUCGCCGGUUUCGUCAAGACUUUGAGGACUUUUCUCAUGAUGCGCAGCGGCCAUGUUUGAAGGGAAGCGUCAC